ACUACUCGCCUUACCCCACUUCCUGAAAUAUUGUUACAAAGUUACGUUUUACCGCGGGAAAUAUAAAUUGUUACAAAUUAUCAAAUUAAUAUUGGAUACAAAAGUGGUGUUACGUAACGAAAUGUGACUUUUUCGUGUUAAUAUAAAAUAAAACAAAAUACUUAAUUAUGAUUCUUCGCUAUAACACAAUACAUAAGCUCAAGACUGGAUUAAUAUAAAAUGAAGAGAUUUAUUAUUUCUCUAUAUUAUUUUUUUUUACUAUUUGUUAAAGUGUCAAUUUGCCUACGCGUGGUGGGUAUAUCAGUACCGAGCUUGAAACAAAGAGGGGAAUCAGUGACCCUAACUUGUGAUUACGACCUCGAAGGGGGUAAACUUUAUUCAGUGAAGUGGUACCGGGACAACGAGGAGUUCUACCGGUACAUGCCUCGGCUGAGACCGCCACAACAUGCCCACAAACUUGACGGAGUGAAAGUUGACUUGGAAAAGUCAAGCGCUCGGCGUGUCCACCUCCGCGAGCUAACCCUGAAGUCCAGAGGGAUCUAUCGCUGCGAGGUGUCUGAGGAGGCGCCUUCCUUUCACUCGGCACAGGCGGAGACCUUCAUGGAGAUUUAUUAUUUCCCAAAAGAAAAUCCCCGUAUAGUCGGCCACGAGCGGUCGUACGUCGUGCACGAACCUCUCGACGUCAACUGCACGUCUGCCAAAGCGUUUCCGCCACCGGAGCUACAGUGGCAUAUAAACGGACUAAAGGUGACGGAAAAGUCGUGGUUAACAAAUUUCGAAGCUAAGCCCGCCGCUCAAGGACUGAUGGUGUCCAGUCUAGGGCUACGCGCUCCAGCCAAACAUCUCAUGAAGAUCCGUUGCACCGCCAGCAUUGGGACGCACAGACGUGAAAGAACUGUCGCAAUAGAAACAAGCAACGCCAAUCGAAGAAAAACUACAAGUAUUAAUUUAACUUUAACUUUAAUGAACUGCAUAAUUUUUAAGCUGAUAUCGUGAUAUUCUUUACUGUAAAUAAAUUACUGUUUUCAUUUUGUGUUUUAUUAAAAUUAAAAUACAUUCAUGUAAUGUUAAUAAGAAUUUAAUUAAUUCACUUAGGUAGUAACAUAGAAAUGAAAAAAAAUACAUUUUAUAUAUACCUAACUUAAAAAUCAACACAAUUCUUUUUUGAGACACAAUAUAAAAAAACAA